CAUUUCUUUAAGCCUUCAGUCCUCACCUCACUCACACACCCCCUCCCCCGUCUCCACCUCCCGUUGGCAGGGGACCCCAGCAAUAUAGACCAUGCCCUCCAGUGGGGCUGACAGCUUUAGCAGCCCUCUUUGCUGUCAGCCGGUAAGAGCAAAGAAAACGUUUAGGUCAGGAGCUGUGGGGCUGUUUUUAUUUUUGGCAUGCCUCAUGGAUCAAUUCCUUCCCCCUCUCCCUGCCAUUUGUAGGAAGGGAAGAGUCCAAACCAAGGAUGUUCAGACGGGUUUUUAAGCACACGGAGCUGGGAGCAACAAGCUGCAGCCUCUAACCAUCACUCAGCACUCACCAGGGGAUUAAAAUGCUGAUCACGGUAACACCACCUUACGAGCCAGAAUCCCUCCAUCCACAGAUUCCACCCCCUGCCAUACUACCGAAACCUGGUAAGGACAAUCUUAGGCUCCAGAGACUCUUGAAGAAAGUUGCAAAGAAGAAUACACCACUAGCCUCCCAGCAAGCCAAAUCGUUCCGGUCCAACCUCUCCCCAGUGAGCGAGGCCAGCCCAGACCUAGAGCACAGCGAGCGCUUAUCCCCGCUGAAGACCCCAGAAACGUCGACGCGCAUCACCAUCCGCCUCCCUCCCCGGUUCUCCAUCAAGCCAGUCAUCCACCACGUCUCAUCUCCUUUCCCAAAGGCCAAGCCAUUCACACUCAAAGUAACUGAGCAGAGGAGAAUCUCUGAACACCUCAAGCUCUCCGUCUCUCCAGUAGCAUCCCCUGUGCACAGGCAGUCCCCAUGGCAACCAAAAGGGAUGACAAAACCAGACACGCCCACCCAGCUGCCCUCUCCACAGGCACAUUGUGUAUUCGUUUUCCCUGACCCUCCCGUUUCCAUCUCACCUGUCAUAGAAGCCCCGGUGGAGGUUACCCACGUCACCAAAGUGCAUGCGUGUGUCCACAGUGUACAGCCACCCAGAGCGAAGAGCCCCUUACCAGACCAGUCCUCUACAGCCCUCAGCAGUGAGGACAGGCAGCCUUCAGCAGCCCAUACUGGCAAAAGCCACUCAGAGCCACCUGCAGGGCCAGCACCAGUCACUCUCAAUGCUGAUGAGGCUGGAGCUGUUACUCCCAAAUCAAAGGACCCCAUGCUUCCCACCAUGACAGCAGAGCCCCCCUACAAAACCCUUAAGUCUUCAACUCCCAGAGAGCCUGUAGGGACUGCUUUCCCCAGUCCUCUGAUGCCAGAUGCCCAAUUCAGUAGAUCAGAAACCCCGGGAAGUGACACAGCAAGGUCCAGAACAGAGUGGGUUCCUGAACUCCCUGAGCCACAGAGCGAAAGCCUAAGGCCAGUGACUCCCCAUACAGCUCAGAAGCAAGAAGCCACAGUGCCAGCUGACAAUACCAGGGCUUUCUCCACAGAAGCAAAGGAAGAGCUGGUCAUUCCACCACAGCCAACAGCCACCAUUCCCAGUCCUUCCCCCAAAGCUGAGCCUCCACCACCAUCUGUGGAGAAGGCCAGACCUCUUACAGCCAAGCUUAGCGGAUGGUCUCGCCUCAAGAAGCACUUGACAGUGGAACCUGAGGGGCCCCAAUUCCCAGAAACUGAGCCAGCCAAGGCUGAACAGGAGGAAGCAGGAAGUAAAGCAGAAUGCUCUCAAGGUAAUGCCAGCCAAGACAACAGGCUGAUUAAAUCAAGGGCCACCAAAAUGUGGGAUGCCAUUUUAUAUCAGAUGACAACCCUCAAGAGGAGAAAGCAGCAUGAGGAAGAAAAAGGGAUAAGGAAAGAGGAGGGAUUCUCAUUCUGGUGCCGCUUGCCCCUUCUCCACAGACCACGUUUUGAUGCCCGGAAACUGAAGGAGCUGGCUUCCAAACCAAUGAUGAAGAUCACCACCAUGUUAGAGUCGAGCCUGCUCCACCACAAGACACCCGAGGAGCCCAAGAAUUUUAACAGGACUGCAUCAGGUUGGCAGCUCAAGUGAAGCCAGCUGGAUUCCACCUCGGCAACAAGCCCUCCGCUCUCUCGCGGGCCUCCCCAAGGCGCUGCCUGAGUUCUGAGCAGGAAAGUGCCUUUUAGAGCUAGAUUUUCCUGCAGUAUGGAGGCCAAAUGUGAGAAAAAUAUAAAUAAAAUCCUUCACAGCCAGCAACCUUAUGCUGAGGGCUUUAGGUGGUUAUGACUGUACACUACAUAUCUGUAGCAUAUAUCUGUAGUGCAUGCACACACUUCCAGAGUAGCUUGAAGAUCUAAGAACAGCUCUAUAUCUAUACGCAGCUUCAUUUAAAAAUAUUCCAAUUGGAGAUCAGGCUACAAAACCAAACAAGGGACCCACAAAAAGCAGUGAAGCAACCCGUAGAAAACCCCCACUGUAAAGGCACCUUGUUUUUCAUUCAGUAAAUCAAUGGAAUUUUAGCUUUAUUUUUAAGUGAAUCCCAAACCAUGCAAGCCCAGAAACAGGACAGGUUGUGGCAAUGCAAGUUGCUCCACACUGCCCCAACUAAUAGUCCGCCUCCUAGGCUGUAGGAUCCAGUUUCAGACUGAAAGAAGGGUUCUGUUUCUAAGCCACCGAGUUUUGUUGAACCUACAGCAGUAGCUUCAAUUUCUGGUCACUCAGAACUAGACCGAGAUGAAUUCCCUUUGCAUAGAACACGGGUGACAGGUUGUGGUAUAUUUCAUGCUGCUAUCAAACCACACUUUACUCAGUCAAGAAAACAGAAUCUCAUUAGUUUUAGGUUUUAUAAUUAAUUUGAUCUCCCUAAAGGUAAAUUUGAGGUUGCAGGAGUCGGGGGGGGGGGGGGGGGGGCGCAAUGCGCGGGGAGAGAAGAGACUCUUUAGUUUUGCAGUGAUCAGAGAGUUUUUCCAUUCUUAAAUGCUUUUUGAGUGCAGUUAUUGGCCAGGGAUUUUCAGAAUGAUUAGGAUUGUUUGCUUCAUCUUUUGGGAUACCCAACUUGACAUAGCUUAAUGGGGUCUGAGCUUCAGAGAGCGAGCAAAUCAGCAGUUUCUGAAAAAAUCAGGUCCCUUUAAGGUGUCUCAGAUUGGGCACCCAAAGCCACUAGUGACUCUGGGCCAUUCCACAUAGGCCAAUACAGCAGGGAUUUUUUAAAAAAAAUAAGACCAGGAGGCUAAAAACAGAGUUUCUAGAAAAUAAAGUGGGUUUUUUUUGCAGAGAGAUUCAAAAGCAUCUUUUCUUGCACAGACCUAAAACAUUUCCUACAAAUAGCAGCAUUUAUAUGGAACUAUUUUGCGGGAUUUGAGUGGGGAGCACUGGCCUGAAUCUAAAAAUUUCCAAGCUACAGCAAUCCCCACUGUCCCGACUGUAGCUGAGAGAGGGUCAGUAGUUCCAUUUUCAGGAACAUCAUGAGAAAUCACACAUUACACCCUUCAUGGGGUUCUCAUGUGGCUUAGAUAUUUUUCACGAGAACAGAUCACCCUGGACAUUGAUAGGGAUUACAAAACUAUCCAGAGUCACAGUAAAUGAAAAAAAUCUCAAAAGCAAUAUAAACCUUCAGGUUAUGAACCAGCCUCUAGCUACUGACUGUUAGGAGGAAGUUAUCCCUCGGGGCAGGUUAUCCUAUAGCUGCCUACUGAAGGGUUUCUUGCACCUUCUUCUCAUUCAGCCAGAGCUGGCCAUUGUCAGGGACCACAUACUGCACUGAAUGGACCCUGAUCUGACCCCGAGUGGUGAUUCCUAUCUGAUCUUAGCCACUCUUAGGAUGGCAGACUAGGAGAAAGAUUAAUCUGUUCAAAUGUGGCAGCUCCAGUGUUCCCUUAUCAGUCUGCCUGAAGGGCCAAAGAUGGCAGUUGAUAGAAAGGGUACAUUAUAGUGACCACCUCAUACAGAACAGAACAUUGUUGGUCUUCCUAUUAGUCACCCAGGGAAGCCAAUGGCAACCAACUGUUCCUUGUCCUCACUUCUAACUCGGGACAGACUAGUUAGCAACGAAGAACUAGUUUUAGUCACACCUGAUCCCCUGCCACCCAGGCGUCAGUAACAUUUGUUGGGCUAAAACCUCCAUGACCUGCCUCCUCCAUUCUGCUCUACAAAACGGGCAGCACUGGCAUGCACUCAUCCUCUGAGCUCUCUCUCUCUCUCUCUCUGGAGCCUUCAGUCUUCUCCCAAACCUAAGCAAGCCCCAGUGCAAUGCACUAGGGAUGUCCUAGCAGAGAUAUGGCCAAAGCAUGUCUUGGCAAGGCCUUACAAUUGGGGUUUUUUUUUUUAACCCAUCAGUUCUCAAGCACUGUAGGAGACAUGGAGGCUCCUCUGCACUUCCCAUGGCUUUCUGACAUUCUAUUGCAUUUAUUUUGAUCACAGCUGCUCAGAUUUAACACAUGGGGGGUGGGGUUGGUAAAUAUUAAGCAGCAUUACACUGAGAUCUGGUUUUUCUGGCUAUUUUGGGGGGUUUGUUUUGUGGGUUGUUCGGUUUGUUUUUACUUGUUCACAAUUGUUUGCAUCUCCAUAGUCACCAGGCUUAGGAAGUGAGCUCACACAGGGUAAGCAUGCAGCUAUUUCCACUUCCCUAGUGAGGUUACCAUAAGGGGGAAUAUUUCUGCAUAGCUAAGAUAAGAUAGUAUGUUUCACCCCAAUGGGAAAUUUGAUACCUGCUUCUACCUUCUGCGCCUAUACACAGGCUAGAGAGCUGGCUGGAAUUUCUGAUUCCAAACCAACAGCCUUUAAAAAAACAAAAACAAAAAAACCCCAACCACACAACCCACACUUUUGGGUGGGUGGGGGGGUGAAGUUUUAUUUCUGAGAAGAAAUGAAAACUGAAAAUUCUCAGUGUUGAAGAGUCAGAACUCCAGUUUUUGCCCCUGGCCAUUUUCCAGUAGCAAAAACGAAAAGAGGAAGGAAGAGGGAAAUCCCCAAAAGAAGAAUCUGAAAAAUUUAAAGGUUUUUCCAUGAAACAAUUGAGAAAAUAAGAAUUGCUUGGCAAAACGUACUUCCUAUUUUUGGAUCAGCUCUAAUACGCUAUACAGGUGGCCAGGGAGUUAAAAUUCCACUGACACAGAAAGGUGGCUUGCUACAAGACAACAUUGUAGUGACCUAGGCUGAGAAUGGAGGUAUUUUGCUUUAGUUAAAAUAUAUCUGUGCAGAUAGGCUGGUAUUCUCAGGAGUCCAAGAGAGUUAGGCACCCAGAUUCCAUUGAAUUUCAGUGAGAUUUGGACAUUUAUCUCCCUUAUGGUCUGCUGAAAAAAUUCCAGCCUUAUUUUUGGCUCAAUCAUUUAAAAUCUUUUCCCAAUUGCUAUUUUGUUGUUAAUUACAUAUUUACAGGGUGAGGAUUCAGAAAUGGCUCUGAUUGCUCCUUAGGCCUAAUCUAUAUACACAAAACUAAUGAAUUAACUUAGAGAUUGGCUAAAAAUCCUAUCUAGUUGCACCAGUACAACCUCUAGAGUGGAUGUAGUUACGCCUGUAUAAAGGUGCUUAUCCUUGUAUAGUUUAUUCAUCUUUCCUUACAGGAAUAGGUAUACUGACAUAAAACACUUUUAGACCAAUGUAAUUACCUCAGAACUAUUGGUUUUACCAUGACUAUCCCAGUAUAGUCAAGACAGUCUAAACUAGAAAGUUGUAUAAGGCUUUAGUGAACAGAAAUCUCUACUAAAACUUCAAGACAAUCCUUUUAAGCAGUACCUAUUUUCUUCAAACUCUUCAAAUACAGCACAAGGAGCUUGUCUUCCCUAGGAAGCUACAACCUGCAUCAUAUGAAUUAGAACAUGAUUUCACAACCAGCAGAGACAGCGCACAGGUAGUGUAACAACUUGUCUGCUGGUUGCAGGAAAGGUUUAGCCAUGAGCGGUUGGAACACACACUGAACACAUGUCGUCCAUGUCUAAACCGACUGCAAAGUCAUAUUAGUUAAUGAUCUCAAGUUUCAGGGGGUAGCCGUGUUAGUCUUUAAGGUGCCACCAGACUCCUUGUUGUUUUUGUGGGUACAGACUAACCCACUUUCUUCACAGAUGCAACUGAAGAAGUGGGGUUUUACUCACGAAAGCUUAUGCCCAAAUAAAUCCGUCUUUAAGGUGCCAUUAGUUAACGCUGUAUCAAGAUAAGUGUCUUAAGCGGCCUAAUUUCCUAGCAAAGUCAACGCCAAAUUGUUGCCAAGAAGCUUGCCUCCGGUGAAGUCAAAUUAAACUCAAAUAUAAAUGGUUCAGGUCACUGAUCUUUAAAUCUGAAGAUCGUGUUUAUAAAACAUACUGGUUUGGAAUUUUCAGGGAGGGAAAAUACACUGAGAGAGUCUCAUUUUAACUCUGCAUGACAAGGUUUCCAAAUGCUUCCCCAGUUUUGUUUUGUUGUUUUAGUUUGUUUCUGCAUAGUUGCUUUGGGACGUCAUCAGCUAUUUGCAGUUUCCUGUAAUCGUGGUCAAGAGUUCAGUUCUUCAGCCAGAUGUCCUUGAUUGGUGGCCCUUUUGUCCGAUAGCAUACAGUAGCCUCUUUCUAAUGCCAAAACAAGUUUCCUUAAAAAAAAAAAAAAAAAACACAAACCAAAAACCAGAACCUAGAAACACAGAAAAAUCUAUUUGUUGCCUAGUAAUAGUAACUCCACUGCAGCAAAGUUGGCACACACAAAGGACACCAAUUACCAUCGAUGGGCUCUGCAUUAUUAGCAUCAAGUGGAGCAACUAACAUUUAUUACAGCUGGGAGGUUAGGCCAAUUUGGCAAGAGAAGAUCACUCAGUAGUUAUUGGAAUUUCAACCCACAUUCUGUCCUAUAGUGACAGUGACCCAGGGAACAAGGCAGGUCUCACAAAGAUGAGAGGGAAGGUGCUUGUUUGUUUUAGCAGUUUAAAAAGGUGUACAACUGCUUGUUUUUUGCUGUGCCCCUCCCCGCCACCUCACUGCAUUUGCAAUGAAGCCCAGUCUGCUGCCUAGGCAAAACAACUGGCUGGGAGCUCAGUUUCCAGAAUGGAGAGUAGGCCAAAGCAGGCCACAGUGCAUUGCUUAGCCCUACGACACAUUCAGUAAAGGAGGGCUUGUUUCUGGAACCAUGGACAUUGGAAAGAAGAGAUCAUGGAUUUCCAGAGGGAACAGGAGACCUUUGGAACUGGCUGUAUUAGCAAUCUGCACUCCUACUACAGGCUGUCUCCUAAGAGACAGUCGUUCAAUGUAUUAAGACCUCUGUUGAUCAAGGUUGGCGGACACUGUGGAUAGUUCUCUGAAAACAUCCACUCAAUGUGCAGCGGCAGUCAAGAAAGUGACCAGAAUGUUGGGAAUCGUUAAGAAAGGGAUAGAUAAUAAGACAGAAAAUAUCAUAUUGCCUCAAUAUAUAUCCAUGGUACACCCACAUCUUGAAUACUGCAUGCAGAUAUGGUCGCACCAUCUCAAGAAAAGAUAUAUUGGAAUUGGAAAAGGUUCAGAAAAGAGCAACAAAAAUUAUUAGGGAUAUGGAACGACUACCAUAUGAGGAGAAAUUAAUAAAACUGGGACUUUUCAGCUUGGAAAAGAGACUACUAAGGGGGGAGGAGUGGGGGAUAGGAUAGAGGUUUAUAAAAUCAUGACUGGUGUGGAGGAAGUAAGAAAGAAAGUGUUAUUUACUCCUUCUCAUAACACAGGAACUAGGGGUCACCAAAUGAAAUUAAUAGUCAGCAGGUUUAAAACAAACCAAAGGAAGUAUUUUUUUCCCCCACACAGAGUCAACCUGUGGAACUCCUUGCCAGAGGAUGUUGUGAAGGCCAAGACUAUAACAGGGUUUAAAAAAAACAACAAACUAGAUAAUUUCAGGAAGAAUAGCUCAAUCAACGGCUAUUAGCCAGGAUGGACAGGGAUGGUGUCCCUAGCCUCUGUUUGCCAGAAGCUGGGAAUGGGCAACAGGGGAUGGAUCACUUGAUGAUCUGUUCUGUUCAUUCCCUCUGGGGCACCUGGCAUUUGCCACUGUCAGAAGACAGGAUACUGGGCUAGAUGGACCUUUGGUCUGACCCAGCAUGGCCAUUCUUAUGUUCCUAUGUUCUUAUGACAUGUUGUGGAAAGAGAAAGGGGACGGCAAUAACUAAACCCCUUCAAUGUGUGGUUGAAGUUACUAAGGUAUUAUGUGGUGGCAGCCAAUCAGUAACUUUACAAGCCAUCACUUGGAGACAACCUGUUGUUUCAUGAGGCUGCCAAGAGGAAGUGGAGGGUGCGGGGGAGAACGCGCAACACCCUGCCCUGCGACACUUCAUGGCGAGCCUUCCAGUGGCUUAAAAAGUGGCAUCAUGGGGCUCCCCAUGAGCAGAAAAGCAGAGUGUGAAAGGGGACUGCGUGAUGAGGAAGGGGGAGAGAAGUGCUAAACAAGAUAGGUAGGGAGAGAAGACACACUCAAGACAUGAAACAAUCACAGAAGCAAGCGAAAGCAGAGGUGAAGCCCAGCACCCAAAGCCAUUUCAACCUUUUUGUCUUUAAGUACCAACAUUUGGAGCCAGAGAAAGACUCUGAACUGCAGUACUGUCGGGCAACGGUGCCAAGCCCUCACCAUUUAGAGUAUUGGCUAUGGCUGUCCUAAGGGAGGUCUAGUCAUUGCCGGUUUGCCUUUUGAGGAGGGACUGAGUGAUUCAGAGACAGGAGUCUAAAUCUCCUAGACAGGCUCAAACUAAUGAAGUGGUUUAUUUCCCUGGAUGGGGAGGAAAACCCCUUUAAGUGAGCAGCAGGAACUCAGAUAAUGAGAUUUAACCGCACCUAGGAGAGUCAAGCUCAGCAAGGCCAGGCUUGGCACAUGAAAGGAGAGUACAGCAAGGGGAAUCUAUGUAGAUUUAGAGGAUAAGGUAUAUGAUGAAAGCAGAGAGUUGAAGCAGGUUUUAGAAAUGAGGAGCAGAGAGGUAGGUAUGGUCACAAAGUGAUCUAUAGGCCUCCACGUCUGUAUACACAAUCCCAUGGGAUGGGAACACGUGUGGUAAUUAGGGAGGGAUGGAAGAGGUGCUUUUGUAAAGAUUGAGUGCUACAUAAAGCUUGGAAAGUCAAUAAAGAUUUUAUGAGAAGUCAAACUCUGGUUUUUCCUGCGCAGAGCGUCACUCAGGGUGCUUUGCCAUUAUCACACCACUCGG